AUGAUACGGAACGCCUGUAGUGACAUCAGGGAUGUGCUCACAUGGGACGUGAAAGUGUGCGUUCCUUUGUACGCCGAUGAAGCCAUCUUGUUGGCUGACAACCUGGAUGAGGGUUCACCCAUGGUUCCUGAAAAUGAGGAGGCCCACCCUCAUCCCCACACGGGACACCAACUUUAUGUCCUUCGUGAGGCUGUUCCCACGGAGCCUCUCCGGGGUGGCGGCCUUUGGAAAUUGCUGGAGCUGGAGCAAGUGGUGGGUUGCGUUUGCACAACACACUUCACCGGGUCUGCUAAAAACCAGCCUGCUAAGCUGGUUCGUUUCGACUUAGGCUCUCAAGGGGUUCCCCUUUUCUUGCAGUUUCUCUGCCUGAAGAACAUCCGGACGUUCCUCAAAGUGUGUCACGACAAGUUCGGCCUCCGGAACAGCGAGCUCUUUGACCCCUUCGACCUCUUCGACGUGCGGGACUUCGGAAAAGUCAUUUCAGCCGUGUCCAGACUUUCUCAUCACAGCAUUGCUCAGAACAAGGGCAUCAGGCCCUUCCCAUCAGAGGAGACCACAGAAAACGAGGACGAUGUCUAUCGCAGUUUGGAAGAGCUGGCGGAUGAGCAUGAUUUGGGAGAGGAUAUUUACGAUUGCGUCCCGUGUGAAGAUGAAGGAGAUGACAUCUAUGAAGAUAUCAUCAAAGUGGAAGUCCAGCAGCCCAUGAAAAUGGGCAUGACAGAAGAUGACAAGAGGAACUGCUGCUUGCUAGAAAUUCAGGAGACGGAAGCCAAAUACUACAAGACGCUGGAAGAGAUUGAGAAGAACUACAUGAGUCCAUUAAGGCUGAUCUUGACUCCGCAAGACAUGGAAGCAAUAUUUAUAAAUUUGGAGGACCUUAUUAAAGUGCACUUCAACUUUCUCAGAUCCAUCGAUGUCUCCAUGAUGUCUGGCGGAAGCACCUUGGCCAAAGUGUUUCUUGAAUUUAAAGAAAGGCUUUUGAUUUAUGGCGAGUACUGUAGCCGAAUGGAGCAUGCGCAGACUACCCUAAAUCAUCUCAUGGCCAACCGAGAGGAUGUCCGGCAGAAAGUCGAGGAAUGCACGCUGAAGGUUCAGGAUGGGAAGUUCAAGCUCCAGGACCUGCUGGUGGUGCCAAUGCAGAGAGUCCUGAAGUAUCACCUCCUGCUCAAAGAGCUCCUCAGCCACUCAUCCGACCGGCCAGAGAAGCAGCAGCUGAAGGAAGCCUUGGAGGCCAUGCAGGACUUGGCCAUGUUCAUCAAUGAAGUCAAACGCGACAAAGAGACGUUGAAGAAAAUAAGUGAAUUUCAGAGUUCCAUAGAAAACCUGCCGGUGAAGCUAGAAGAAUACGGGCGGCCAAAGAUUGACGGGGAACUGAAGGUCCGGUCCAUCAUCAACCACACGAAGCAAGAUCGGUAUUUGUUUUUGUUUGAUAAAGUGGUGAUUGUCUGCAAGAGGAAAGGCUACAGCUACGAGCAAAAAGACAUCAUUGAACUGCUUUGCUACAAGAUGACCGAUGACCCCACCAACAAUAAGGACAUCAAGAAGUGGUCUUACGGCUUCUACCUCACGCACCUUCAAGGCAAACAGGGCUUCCAGUUUUUCUGCAAGACAGAAGAGAUGAAACGGAAGUGGAUGGAGCAGUUUGAAAUGGCCAUAUCCAACAUUAAGCCAGAGAAAGCCACAGCAAACAACCACCAGUUCCAGAUGUACACCUUUGACAAGACCACCAACUGCAAAGCCUGCAAGAUGUUUUUAAGGGGGACCUUCUAUCAAGGCUACCAGUGCUUGAAAUGCAAGGUGGGCGCCCACAAGGAAUGCUUGGAGGUCAUCCCACCCUGCAAAAUCAGUUCUCCUGCAGAGCAGGAAUUACUGAAUCUAGGUCCUAAAAUGGUGGCCCUCCAGAGUUAUCACGGCAACCCGGCUCCCCCAGGGAAACCCGUGUUGACCUUUCAAAUGGGCGAAGUGAUUGAGCUGCUCCGAGGGGAACCAGACUCCCAGUGGUGGGAGGGCAGGCUCAUCAUGUCCAAGAAAUCUGGCUAUUUCCCCAGCUCGUUGGUCAAGCCCUGCCCAGUGGAUGCUCGGCCUCCCAAUAGCCGCCCGGCCUCACGAGAGAUGGACUACUCCGCGUACCCUUGGUUUGCAGGCAAUAUGGAGAGGCAGCAGACAGACAACCUCCUGAAGCAGCAUGCCAGCGGGACCUACCUGAUCCGGGAGAGGCCAGCAGAAGCCGAGCGCUUUGCCAUCAGCAUCAAGUUUAAUGAUGAAGUCAAGCACAUUAAAGUUGUUGAAAAAGAUAACUGGAUCCACAUCACAGAAGCCAAAAAAUUUGAAAGCCUCUUGGAAUUGGUCGAGUACUACCAAGCCCAUUCACUGAAAGAGAGCUUCAAGCAGUUGGACACGACGUUAAAGUAUCCAUACAAGUCUCGGGAACGCUCGGUCUCAAGAACCUUAGCUCGAUCGCCAGUAUUCACACCUCGGGCCAUCGGGACUGCAGUGGCGAGGUACAACUUUGCUGCUCGGGACAUGCGGGAGCUCUCCUUGCAGGAAGGGGAUGUGGUGAAGAUCUACAGCCGGAUCGGCGGGGACCAAGGCUGGUGGAAGGGAGAGGCCAAUGGCAGAAUUGGCUGGUUCCCUUCAACCUACGUGGAGGAGGAGGGGGUGCAGUGAUGUCCGCGUUGGCAGGUGCUUAGCGUCCUCGCGAGCAGCCCCAGCCCACCUCUGGGCCUCCAAGGGAAACACACUGUCCUUCCUCCUGUGCAAAGAAGAGAGCCUCACGUGGGCCCGUUUUACAAUCUGUGGGUGUGAGUGCAUAAGCGGGCACAUGCAGCAGUGCGGCUGGGUGCAUGUGUGUGCGUGGGCAAGGCACGGCUGCUUCUCUCCCACUGUCUUCCUUGCACGUACGAUCCAAACGUUGGAUGUCAAGCGUUGUUUGCAGAAAGCCACGAAGCCACUGGGAGCCUCUGGGAAGCCUCCAAGGCCCGGUUGGCCUGGCCAGCAAGUGGCUGUGCUACAAAGCCCUCUGAGUAGUGGAAGAUGGGCUUGGUGGUGUCUCACACUUGGGUGGGAUACUGGAGAAGAGAUGCUUCUUUUGGAUUCGGGAGGAGCAAGAGGACAUUUGAAGGGGUAUCCUUAGCUUAAGAAUGUUGCAAGGGGGGUUCUGCAAGUCCCAGUGUCCUUCUCCCAGCGGCCGUGGGCCAUGGGCCAGCUGAAGCUACCACAAGUGUCAGUGGACCCCUUUGCUGUCCAGAGGAAAGAGCUCAUCUGGGGACCCAGGGCCACCAGCUGCCCCCCCC